AUUCACACAACAGUUCGAUAUAUAAUUGCUUUUGCCCUCUAUGAAAAUGGCGACAUUCUGCUGCCGUAUAAGCACAGUUGCAGUAAGUAGUGAUUUAAUUUGUUUUAUUGUAAGUUGCAGUAAACAUGGAGAUAAAAUUAUUGAUACGGUCAUUAUCUUUCACAGAGGCAUGCCAAGGCACUAGGUAACACUACCAGACUUCUUACCACAUCAUCUCAUAGAUGCGCUCAGCAAGUAAGUUUUUUUAAAAAUUACGUCUAUGAUGAGUCUAUUUUGUCUAUAGUCUAUAGUCUAUGUCUAUUCUAUUUUCUAGACUAGUUCUAAGCUUAAAACUUAAUUGUUACUUAAAUUACUAAUUAGUGUCUAAGUAAGCUGACAGUAAUAACAAAGUCCACUAAUUUGACUGACUUAUAUAAUGUGUAGGCAUACUUGUAAGCUUUACUUUUUUAGAUCAAUAAAUUCAAUUCAAUAUAAAGUAGAUACUUUGGUAAAAAAUGUAAACAUUUUUUAAAAAUAAACCAAUGGCACAGUUGAAUAGAGCUAAUUUUAAACAGAAUUAUAACACCAAAAUCAUAUUUUUAGCUGUUGUAGUUUUAAAGUUAUGAAUUUUUAAAGUACGACUUGGUUUGUCAUUUUUUAACAUGGACUUCAUCUCCACAUUCUGUGACCUCAUUCCACUGAUCGCGUCAUGCGCAAUGACUAUAUAGUUUAUAUAAGGCAACGCAUUCCCUAUCACUAAAAUACUGUUUAGGGUCGACUUAUUUUAAACUUUCAACUUUGGCACAUGAAUAAUUAAUAAAAGCUUUCCCUGACCAAUGGUUUAAUAGCUUUUGCACACGGCAAACUCUUAUGAAUGAAACUCUGAGAUAGUACUACGACGUAGCCGUUAUGCAAGUGGCUGUGAAUGGUUGCCAAUGACAACGUGUUGCACAGGGAAAAUUCUGAUCAUUUAUAAUAUGGACUCUGCAGGGUUUUUAAAGCUCAAAUUAAAACAUUUCCAGUUUAAAUGUCUUCAAAAUGCAUUCUGAAACACAAAAUAUAAAAUAUUUUGAUGUAUAUAGUGGUAAUAAUUAAAUAUUUCCUAAGUAUCGGCAACUUCCGCCAUUAAAAAGGGGGCGUGGCCCACGCCAUGUCGAAAUUAGGCUGAGCCACCUUAUGGUGAUAUGGGUCACUGUGACAAGUGUAACAAACGUGAGACACGACCUACAUCAAUGAAACUUGGCACAGAUAUAGAUCAAUAUCUAAUGCUCAUACAGAUUUAAUCAAAAAGGACCUUAUCUUAUUAUUUCACAAAAAAUUUUGUAUGCGAAGAUGCCUUAUAUCUACCAAAGAUUUUCAAAAUAAAGGUCGAUUGAAAAAAUCAAAAUAGCUGGCUAGAAAUGUAGGCCAAGAUGUCUUCCAAAUUAUAAGGCCGGAAACCGAACUCAAAUAUAUGUGGAAAGAACUAAUUUAAUUAUAAAUAGACACACACAUCGGAAAAUUAAAAACUCGGAUUUUUCGGCGCCGACAGCCAUUUCCGAUACAAAAAAAAUAGUAGUCUCCCUUGUUUCAUCGAAGUAUCUAAUAUAAAGUCCUAAAUAAAUUUCAAAAAGGCAAGGUGGCUGGUGUUGUCUGGUAAAUUAUUGUAUUGAAUAUUGGUCUGGUAAACUCAUUAAAAUAUUUAAACUGUGUUAGUGAUUAUUCUAAGAAGUAGGCAUUUGGGCAUUAAGUUUUGGUUUUGGGACAAAAAAGACGAUAUCUGACUUAUAAAAUCAUUUUCAUCAUGGAAAAAAUGUCAUUUAUAAUAACAAAGUUAACUAUGAAAGGAAAAAACACUUAAAAUUUCUAUCUAUGGAACAUGGAUGUAGCUAUAAGAGAUUACCGGCCUAGUCUAAUGGGCAUUUGAUUAAUCAAAGUGACUGGGUGGUGCGAUUUAAACUCUAGGAAUAGGAAAAAUUAGGGUUUCUAAGGGCUCAAUCUGUUGUAGCAAUGCCUAUGCACAAUAAAUGGACUCUUCCUGUUUCCCCGCUUUUGCAGACAACACACCAUUGUUAUUUGAUAACAACUUGCUCUUUAAAAAAUAAUUAAUAACAUAUGAGUAAACAAACCUGAAACUGCGACUACAUGAGGCAGGUCUUCCGCGCAUCUUCCCUCAUAUACGAGAGACGUAAUAAAGUUGAUUUGAUGCGCUCAAAUUUCCCCCAGGCCCUAUGUUUAAAUAAGGUCAUAUGUACAUGCAUGUAAAAUGACCAGGUGAAAAAACUGAUUAACAAAUGUUCGUUGGUUAAUAUUUUUACCAAUUACCAUUGAGUUACUUGGAUUAUUCUCUUGACCUUUAAGCUAUUGUUACUUGUAAAUUAUUGUACAUGAACCCAUUAUUUCACGGAAUAAAGUGUGCAAUUUAAAUAUUUUAUAACAAAAGCAUCAAUUAACAAGUAUUAAAAAUAAUGUUAUUAAUUAUGUAAUAAAGUAGCAUUAGUAUGUAAAAACAGAAUAGGUCCACAGAAUGAGGUUAUGCACUCCAACCUACAUAAACUAUAAAAAAUAGAAUUAAUCUUGUAUUUUAAGAAAAAAUUGAUAGCUGAAAAACUACUGAGUUAGUUGAUGUUUUCAUUUUUUAAUUUAAGUGUGUUUUCUAUACAACUGAAUUUUUUUUUUCUUGUUGCUAAAUCAUCUAAGGCUACAUUUACCCCGAUUUAGGCUUAUGUGGGGAAUGAAACAUUGUGCUGACCCAUCCUGUAUUAUGUUUAGGGAACUUUGCGCUCUACCCAUUAAAUAUUAUGCUUAGAGUGUUUUUCAUCUUACCAAAACCGACUUAAAUUAAUUAGAUUAAAAUAGUUACUUAUGGCAUGGUAAAUCAGGUAAAUGCGGAGGGUUCUGAGCUACUCAAACUAACUAGAUAUAGCCCAGCAAACAAAAGCGGCCACAAUGUGUGAACUUCCCAUCUACUAAAGUUACAGGACAAAACAUGAAUUCAAGUAACGCACUCCUUUAUAAGAAUCCCAAUUAGUGCCUUCCCCGAAGGUUCACAACCAUACACUUUUUUCAUGACCCUGAACUAUGUUAAUAGUCUAAUACCCCACACAAUUUUAUACAGUGGAUUUAUGACACCAUAUUUAAAUUGAGUCUGAUUCCAUAAUAUUUUGGUCAUAUCUUUUGUUUUAUGGAAAUAGUAAAAAAUAUGUGCGCAAUAUUUUAUUUUGAACGCACUUGCAGUAUUUUUAGGAAUCUCAUUUAGCAAAGGUAUUUGGAAUUUUAUUUAGUGAAUAUAUCUGGAAGGGUUAGUUACAUUAUUACAUGGAAAGUUUUUUAUUUUUAUAAUUCCUCAUAGGCCUGGCCUAUGUCAUUUAUUUGUUUAGACCCAUUUUCUUGUAUGCUAUUACUAUGGCCUAAAUGGAUACAAAAAUAACAAAAUUCACACAAAGGGGAUAUUACUAACAAAAGUAAGCUCCUAUCCUACAGAUUCUAACCUUCAGCUAAUCUUUAACUUAGGUUUUAUUGUUUUUAUGUGUCUUGCAGUUGGAUUCGCUUUGUUACUUUAUUUAAAAUUUCUGUAAUGUUAAGAUUUGUGUAUUUCAAUUUAUAUAGUACUCCUCCACUUACUUUGCAUUUAUUUAUUAUUUUUCUAUUGUGGCCUUUAUUUAAUUGUGUCUCCUUAAUCUUUAUUAAAUACUCUGCCAGCUUUAGUAAUUAAUAGCUAAUUAGUAAGUGUUAAUCCUGUUUAGAUAAAUCUUUAGAUUACUUACAUUAAAACUAGAGAGAUAUUUUAUGACCCAUUUUUUAUAUUUUAUCAUUCAUAGUUGGUGACACACUUUAUUUAAUUAAAAUUUACAUGUGUCACUGUGCAAAUGUAAUUGUUGGUAAUGAACUAUUCUUGUUUUAAUGAAAAAUAAACCUCAAUCUCAUUUAGUUAACAGUGAGAGAUGCCUUAAAUGCUGCCUUAGAUGAGGAACUAACGAGGGAUGAAACAGUUCUCUUAAUGGGAGAGGAAGUAGCCCAAUAUGAUGGUGCUUAUAAGGUAGAAUUUUUACAGCUCAGUUUACUUAUUUAAAAUAGUUAAUUAUUAAUAUCAACAGCUUUUUUAAAGUAAAGUAUGCAUAUUAUUGCCAAAGGGGUAAUUAUCAAACAAAGUACAAUUUAUAUUUUUUUUUAUUUCAUAAUUCUUCAUUUAAAGAUACAAUGUACUUCUGUCAGGUGUAAAAUAAAUGUAAAUGUUUGCAGGUGUCAAAAGGACUCUUGGCAAAACAUGGGGAAAAAAGAAUUAUUGAUACACCAAUCACAGAGGUAAUUUAACUUGAGACAGAUUUAAAUAGCUUCAUUUGAUCUUAACAUAUCUUAAUUCUAACAUUCAUGAAAAAAAUUUUAUCAGGUUUUGAAUGUGCCAUUAAAGUUUUAGGCUUUCCUGAAACAAAUAUUUAAUUCAUUAAGUUUCUGAAGCAGGAAUUUAACAAAGAUAAUAAAUAACCAACAUUUUUAAAAAUGCUAGAUGUUUUCCGCUAUAUGAGUAAUCACUUUCAUGGUUUCCUUUUCAGCAAGACUGAAAAGGUGGGGCAAGAAACUUUUAAAAAAAAUUCUCUUGGCUUUAAGUUUGUUUUCUUUAAAAGUUUAUAUCUUUACCUGAUUUAAUGUUGAUUCUCAUUUGUACAGAUGGGGUUUGCUGGCAUUGCUGUUGGUGCAGCAAUGGUAAGUAUUUAAGGUUUUAUGUAUUUUAAAAUACUCUUGUUCAGAAUAAAAAAUGUAAUAUUUUUAGAGGCUUAAGUAAUAAUUUUAUAAGCCAACCUUAUGUAGCUUGGAACACUCAAUCCUGUGCCAUUCUAAUUUAGGCUGGCCUUCGACCUAUUUGUGAGUUUAUGACCUUCAACUUUUCUAUGCAAGCCAUAGACCAGGUUAUCAACUCAGCAGCCAAAACAUUUUACAUGUCGGCAGGAAGGGUAAAUAUUUUUUUUUUUAAGUUUUAUAUUUAGCUUCCACAAUGUUUUACUUGUGAUCUUUAAAAAAUUCAGCCAGAUCUUCAAAAUAUAAAACUGUAUAUGAAAUAUUUGUGAAAGCCCAAUUAAAUUAAUUGUCAGUAGUUAAAUCAGAGAUUUUUACGUAUCGUCCAGGUUCCCGUUCCCAUUGUAUUCAGAGGUCCUAAUGGGGCAGCAGCAGGUGUGGGAGCUCAACAUUCUCAGUGCUUUGGUUCAUGGUACAGUCAAGUUCCUGGACUAAAAGUGAUAUCUCCUUACUCAGCUGAAGACUGUAAGGGAUUGCUUAAAUCUGCUAUUCGAGACCCAAAUCCAGGUACGUUCAGAUAAACUUCCGUAUUAUCUUAGAGAUUGUUUAAAAAUAAUUUUUCACAUUUUUUUAUGCUAAGAAUUUUUUCAACAGUAUGAUUUUUGUCCUCAUCUAUCUUUACAGUCGUCUUCCUUGAAAAUGAAUUGAUGUAUGGUAUUUCCAUGGAUAUGUCUGAUGAAGCCAUGUCUAAGGAUUUUCUUCUCCCAAUUGGAAAAGCUAAAAUUGAAAGACAAGGUAAACACUCUGUUUUUAAGCUACCAACCCCCAACUUUGAACGAGAAUAUGUUAAAAUAAUCUAGGCUAUAGCAAUGAAUGUUAAGAAUACUCAUUUAUUCAAUGAUCAAAAAUUAGUUUUGCUAACUCUUGUUUAGGAGAUAAUAUCUAACAGCAUUAUAAUUAAUAGGAAAAUCAAUAUAUAUAUUUUUACAAGAAAAACUAAGUAUUUUACCAUUUAUUUUAAAGUUUGUUGAACCCUUUUCUGAAAACACUAUCAGUGUUUGAGUUGCUUCUUACUGGUAUAAAAUAUUGAAAUUGUUUAGUUAAAUUUUAAGAAAGAACAACACAUAAACUUUUAAAGCAGAUAAAUACCUUUUAAAAAUUUAAUACUACAAAACAAUUGUAAAUUGAUUUAUUUUGUGUCAGAAGAUAUAAGGCAUUUUAAAAAAUGUCAUUCAUUUUACUCUUUGUUGAAUUACUGUUUGUCAAAAAUGAGAAAUUAAAUAUUUGUUUCAGGAAAGCAUAUAACUUUAGUAGCACAUUCAAAAUCUGUUGGUACAUGUCUUGAAGCAGCAAAUGAGUUAGCUGGUAAAGGAAUUGAAUGUGAGGUGAGGCAGCAUUCACUAUAUUUCUACAAAUGUAAACACUAUUUUUUUACUAGACAUUUUGGAAAGAAAAAUUGUUAGCAUCUUUAUCAAUAAAAAUGCCUUAAGUACAUAGAAAAUACACCUUAGUUAUUUAUUUUCCAUUUGAAAAAUGCCUUUUUCAGCUCUGACCUGUUGGGUUUGUAUUUGAUUGGUUGUACCAUACUAAGUUUGUUGUUGGUCCUAUCAUGUCAAUGAUUUCUACAAUGGAUUACACGUCUUGUUGACUCCUGCAUUUUCUCUACUUAUUUACAUUACUUGGAAUAACAGGAGUAGUAUUUAUUUUUUCAUGCCAUUUUCUUUUAUCUUACCAAUAUAUGUAUACUUAUUGCAGGUAAUCAAUUUAAGAACUCUGCGACCUCUAGAUGAGGAAACUAUUAUUAAAUCUGUGAUUAAAACAAACCAUCUUGUGACUGUAGAAGGUGGCUGGCCACAAUGUGGUAUUGGCUCAGAGAUUGUGGCUCGUGUAAUGGAAAGUGAGUGUCUUUUACAUUUUGAUCAUUUAAACAUAUUGUAAUAUUCUUUUAUUCACUAUCAUUAAAAAAAUUAUGUUGUCACUAGCAAAUUAAAAGACAGUUUCAGUGAAAUAAAAUUUGUUUGUUAUUUUGAAGAACUAACUGAAGUUUCAUAAUUAUAAAUUACAAAAAUAUAAAAGUAUGCUUUUAAAAACUGCAAUUAUAAUUAUUCAUUUUCUUUGCAAGUUAAUAUUUUAUUAUGCCCCAUGAUUUGCGUAGCAAUUUUUUUUAAAAUGUGAUGGGGGAUGAUUGUGCUUUGAAACAAGGGGACAUCAUUCAGAAUUAAUGGCUUUACUGAAUUUUCUUUCAGCUUAGUCUGUAUUGUAUUAAAAUUAUGCUUAACUGGUGUUAAUAGUGAAAAAAACCUUGCAAAAAUUAAAUAGGACAUUAGUUAUUAACAAGCCUACUUCCAAUUUUAUCCACUAUGACAGCAACAUAUGGUCCAAAACUGUAUAUGCAAAGUAAUAAUCCAUAAGUAUCUUGCAAAGUGGUUCUUGGACUUAAAUGUUAUUUUUUAAUUUGCAGACAUUCACCUCUUCCCCUAUUGUUUCUUUUUUUAACUCUAAUUAAAGGUUUUACUUAAAUAUUUCAGAUAAUCUAUAUUAUCAUAAUUUCUUUUGUUUGCAGGCGCAGCAUUUAACUACCUUGACGCACCUGUCCUUAGAGUAACGGGAGCAGAUGUACCUAUGCCGUAUGCGAAAUCUUUGGAGGAUCUUGCUCUACCUCAAGUUAAAAACAUUCUCACGGCUGUCAGAAAGUCCCUAAAUAUUAAAUGACAUAAUAUAUGAGAUUACACUGUACCAGACAUUACUUCUUCUAAAUGAGCAAAUGUUUUUGUUAACUGUGUGGUAAUUUUGUAUAGAAAAAAAUUACACUCAAGCUUAUUGUAACUUGCGAUUAAAUCAUAGAAUUUUUUUUGUUGAAUUUCAAUCCAAUUUUAUGAAUUAUACAUUUUCAUCUGGAUGCUAUAAUUGCAGGGCAUGGAGUCUCUCAUAAAUUAAUCAAACUAGCUAUUUUUAGUUUUCAAACAAAAAAACUUGUCAGAAUGUUUAAUUUGAUAUACUUUUUGGCACCAUGACCAUACAUUUAUUAUGUAUUAGGUAAAAGUUUUGGUUUAUUAUAAUUAGUUCUACUUUGAAUAAUAAUAAUUCUAAAUCCUAAUCUACUAGAGAAUAGUUGUUUCUACUUUGGCCUUGACCUACACACUUCUACAUUAAGUUUCAGAGGAGAACCAUCUCAAAUCUUUGGUAUCAGUAAAGGUACUUAGGUUGGAUUAUUCUAGUUGCUCAAAGGGUACAAUUGAUCUGCAUGCACCUUAAAAAUGUGCUGGAUGUGAAACAGAUAGUUUUUGUUUUUUAAAUGGCAAAUAAUUUAUUAUAAUUCACAUUAAGUAUGAUUUAAAGAUUUGGUUGUGCAUUGCAGUGUCAAAUUGUUCUAUACAAAUUUCUAAUUUGGUAUGAAUGGAAGAAAUAAUAAUUAGUGAAUGUUCAAUUUUGUAGACAAUUUAAAGUGUUAAAGUAAGUAACCUCUACCCAUUGGUAAAUGAAAUGUAAACUUUUAUUUUAUUUUGCUUUUUUUUUAAUAUAAAAAAAUAAAUAAAAAGCUGUUUCAAAUUUGACUUUAAUGAAUUAAUGUGACAUGGUUUUUUGUUUUUUUUUAGGCUUUUUAGAAGCAAAUAACCAACACUAUACUUUAGUUCUACAUUUAAGAAUAUACAUAAUGAGACUGUCUGUAUAUAAUUUAACAAAUAAAGGAAUAUUAAUGCAAUUCUUUAUCAUUUUUCUUAAGAAUUCAGAUUUUGGUUUACAUUGUUUCAGUCCUAAUGUUGUUGUUUUUUUCUCACCCUAUUAUCUAACAUCAAUUCAUCUUAAGUGAUUAUCAGCAGUACUGUGGUAAAACAGUAUUAAAAGCACUUUUUCUAGAAACAAAUUUGACUUAAAAUUCUUUAUGUGUGCUCUAUUUCUAAUGAAGAUAUUUUAAGUUUCACUGUUAAGUUCAAGCAAAAAUCAUAGAAAUAUAUUCCAUUUGGCCAUGUGUUUUGGAAAAGUUGAAAGCAUAUCACUAGAUUUGGAAAACAUUUGACUAAGUGCAGCUCUCUUACAGCAGUCUCUUUGAUUAGCAUUAUUUCCACAUAGAUUCUAGUACAGGUCAUGAGCUUAUUUCAAAAUCAAAAUAAGCUGAGCAAGUUUCUUUAAAAAGGAAAUUGAUAUGCCAGUCAUGUUUCUAUUUUAUUUUUUAAAAUUAUUAUUCAUUGCUGAGAUUAAUGCUCCUAGUUUACCAGUAUAGAGUAGAAACAUUCAGAGGUAAUGUAAUC